AACAAAAUCUAUAUGGCCCACACGAUUACACAACAGAGUGCAGAGAGAGAGUGCGUCUGAGUCAUACAGUUCUCCCUCUAAGAUCUCGAAGCGAAUCCGCCUAUCAAGCUCUCAGUCGCCAUCGCCGGAAAAUCCACUCCAAUCUGCAGUUGGUUGGUUUUAGAAUUCCGAAGUGUAAAUAUCUCAGCUUUGAGAUAUGAUGAUCGCCGCGGUGGCGCUGGUGGCGGUUAUCCUUCUGGUAGCUUUCUUUUUGAUCCCACGAGGCCCAAAAUAUGGGAAAGUAAAGAAAGUUCUGUCGAAUGAGAAGCCGGCCAGAGUGUACACGAAAGCUGAUGUCUCGUUGCAUAACAAGCGAACGGAUUGUUGGAUAAUUAUUAAAGACAAGGUAUAUGAUAUUACCUCGUACGUAGAGGAGCACCCGGGUGGUGAUGCCAUUUUAGAUCAUGCUGGGGAUGAUUCGACUGAAGGGUUUUUCGGCCCGCAGCAUGCAACCCGAGUCUUUGACAUGAUCGACGACUUUUACAUUGGAGAUCUGGUGCUGUGACCAACUCGGAGUCAUAUUUCUCUCUUUUGUAAUAUCGGAUGGGGAAUGUACUUUGCCAUUCCGUUUUUCUCUUUGCAUUUCCAUUUCUUGAUUGCAGCAAUGUAUCUGUACACACUUUGCAGUGGGUUUUAGUGAGAAAUUUUUCCUUUAUCUGCUGACUAAA